CUUAGAUCAAAAUCAAUAAAAUCCACAAAGGAAAUCUAAAAAAGAACUCAAAAAACCCACCAAAAACCAGACAAAACAUGACCCUAUCAAACAAUCUCUUUGCUUCAAUAGACAUGGGAACGAACUCCUUCAAAAUGCUAAUAAUCCAGACAGACAAAACAGGAAAAUUCCUUACUAUUGAUCGCCAUAAAGACCCAGUUUGUCUUGGUCGUGACUUUUCUUCGUCAAUCUCCAAAGAAUCCCUUUUUAGAGCUGUAACUUGCCUUAAAAGAUUCAAUCAAGUUCUCAAAGCCAACAAAAUCCCCCCCCAUCAGGCAAUAUGUGUUGCCACUGCUACUGUACGUGAAGCAAGUAAUGCUUUUGACUUCAAAAGAUCAGUUCUUGAAUCAAUUGGCUUUGAAGUUUCUGUUUUGUCUGGUGAAGAGGAGGCAAGGUUUGUUUAUCUGGGUGUGCUUCAGUUUUUGCCAGUUUUUGAUAAAAGAGUUUUGGUGAUUGAUAUUGGAGGUGGGUCUACUGAGUUUGUGAUUGGGGAAAGAGGGAAUGUUGUUUUGGGGGUGUCUUUGAAGUUGGGUCAUGUGGGAUUGACUCAGAAGUUUGGUAAAGAUUGGAACUUGAUGGAAAUGAGAGAGUUUGUCAAGUUAGUUAUCAAGGAAUCUGAGUUAGUUGAGAAAGUUAAGGAUUUUGGUGGUAUAGAGGUUGUUGUUGGGACGUCGGGGACUAUUAGAGCUAUUGAAAGGGCUGUGUUCAAUGGUUAUGGGAAAGAGGGUGUCGAGGGUAAUGAGGUUUUGUUAAGGGAUUGUAAGAGGGAGUGGAAGUUUAGUCGAGGGGAAUUGAGUGGUGUUGCUGAGAGAGUGUGUAGAGAAGGCGAGGAAGAGAGGGUUAAAAGAGAUGGGUUUUUCAAGAGGAGAUCAGAGUUUAUUGUUGCUGGUUCUGUGUUAUUGGAGGAAAUAUUUGAGGCGGUUGGAAUUGAGGAGAUGGAGGUUUCUGGGUAUGCAUUAGGAGAGGGUGUUAUUGCUGAAACGUUGUCUAAGGUUUUUGAGGGCUAUGAUUUGAAUGCGAAUGCGAGGUGGCAUUCUGCUGUAAGGCUUGCAACAAGGUUUAGCGGGAAGAAAGGAAUUAAAUCUGCUGCACAAUGUUCUAGCAUUGCCAAGGAGAUCUUUGAGGGCUUGAGAAAAUGGGCCGAGGUUGCUGGCAAUCAAAUUAAUGUCUUCUUGGAUGUAAAGGAUCUUGAAUGUCUUCAAGCUGCUUGUUUACUUCACAAUAUAGGGCUCAUCACUGGUAAAAAGGGUUACCACAAGCAGUCUUAUCACAUUAUCACGAAUGGAAAUCAUCUUCAAGGAUACAGUGCUGAAGAAGUCAAGUUAAUAGCGCUGCUUACAAGACAUCACAGGAAGAAAUUCCCUAAAUUUGAUGGAGGCUCAUUACAAGAGUUUGCUGAAGAGUUAAAGCAGAAAUUCAGAGUUCUUUGUAUAAUCAUACGGUUAUCAGUUGUAUUACAGCAGAGUGAUGGUUUGAACUUCCAAGAUAUGGAAUUUCUGCAUUCUCAAGAAGGGUUCAAACUGAUAUUCAGGGAAGCAGGGGCCAUAGCUGGCUUUCCUCUGCCUGAAGACAUGGGGAAAGAACUAAGAAAUGAGUUGGAACACUUCAAAAUUGUAUUCCAGCAAAAUUUAUUGUUGGAAGUGUUGCCAGAAUAGAUGCCAAACAUAGCUCAUUGACCGGGUUGCAUCAGUGAUUCCCAGUCGAUUACCUUGAGAACAAAUGGUACCUGGUGGCACGUCAACAUUGUUCAUUUGUUGUUGUUCUAAAUCUGAUGGUAACUCAACCUCAAGUUCGUAUUCUUUGUGUUCUGUAUGGUGAAAAUCUCCUUGGAAAGUUAAUCUACCACUCGAAGUAAAAGGCCUUUAUUUGGAGAGCUUUAUUUGGAUAUUCAGCUAACUAGAGAAAAUUUAGUUAGAAGGGGCCACAGCUGGACAUUGUAUGUAGCGGACCAGCCUCCUGGUCGGCCCCUAUUUCACAUCCUUCUAGCUAUCCCUGGGCAGCAGACUAGUUGCCGGACAGACCAUCGGUGCUACUCUCACAAAAUAUGGCUCCCUUGACCUUCAAAGAGAAGCUGGGAAGGCAACAGUUUCUAUGGAAGUGGAGGAAGUUCAGCUGGUGUUUGUCAUUGCUUGGCCUGCCUUCCAGGAGAGAAACUUCAUGAUCUUCCUGGCUAAAAGUUGCUUUUUACACUUUCUGCCUUCUCCAAGCAGCAACAUGGCUUGAAAAUACACAUGGAGAAAAAAAAAAAAAAAGAGUGAGCAGUCUAUUCCAAACCAGGGGCAGAAUCCUCCACAAGAGGGUUUGGGGAAUGUUGUACUCAGAUUCAGAAUCCUUCAGAAACAUGGGGGUGUGCUUCCAAGUUUGUAGAAGAAUGCCUUGUAGUGGAGGUGUGGGAGGCCCUUGUGGUUUGUGAUGGAGGAAGCUUUGAUCUUUCAUAUGUGCUAGAAAUGCUCGACUUUGAAAUCACAUUGUUUGAGCUUGAUUCAAACCCUUAAAUCAGAGGCACCUGUCUUUGAUAACUUGGCCGGAUUGCAGCAGAAAUUCAUCUGCUGCCCUGUCUUUUAUGCUUUUGUAAUUUCCACUCCGCACAAAAGUCCUUGUAAUAGCUGCAUGUGAAGUAAGCCAGUUAGCCCUACUCUUGAUGAGGAAAGAUUAUGGAUAGAUGGAAGAAAGUUCAGUUUGCAUUCAGGGAAUUAUAAUUUUCUGUGUUCUUCAACUUUUUCUUGUUAAUAAAAAUAACAAAUAUGGUUCUUGGUGCUCAAAA